AUGCAGGACCCCAAUGAGGACACCGAGUGGAACGACAUCCUGAGGAAGAAGGGGAUUCUCCCCCCGAAAGAAGACCCCAAAGAUGAGGAAGAAGAGGAAGAGUUGGCUCGCCAGCAGCAGUCAGUCGUGAAAACAUACGAGAACAUGACGCUGGAGGAGCUGCACGAGAACGAAGACGAGUUCGAAGAUGAUGACGAGGCGGCCAUUGAGAUGUACAGACAGAAGCGUCUGGCCGAGUGGAAGGCAAUGCAGCUGAAGAACGUAUUUGGGGAAUUGACAGAGAUCUCGGGUCAGGAUUACGUCAAGGAGGUGAACAAGGCGGGAGACGGCAUCUGGGUGGUGCUGCACCUCUACAAGCAGGGAAUUCCUCUGUGCGCGCUCAUCAACCAGCACUUGAGCGCGUUGGCCCGAAAGUUCCCUCAGACCAAGUUCCUCAAAUCCAUCUCAACCACUUGCAUCGCCAACUACCCAGACAGAAACCUGCCCACUGUCUUCGUCUACUUCCAGGGAGACAUGAAGGCGCAAUUUAUCGGCCCCCUCGUCUUUGGAGGGAUGAACCUCACUGUACAAGAGUUGGAAUGGCGGCUGUCUGAGUCGGGCGCAGUGAAGACAGAUCUGGAGGAGAACCCCCACAAGCAGAUCCACGAUCACAUGAUGUCGUCCAUCAGGUGCUCGCUCCCCACUCGCAACCACAACAGCGACGACUCGGACCAAGAUUAA